UGCCCCAUUCAUACUCCUUCCUCCACAACUCGCAACGCCGCACUGUUCUGUAAAAUCUUCUCUAUAUCCUCCUGCACUGCCGCUCAAGAAUAAGGCCAAGAAAAACCAGUCAGAUUCUGACAAGAACGAUGAGAAGAGGAUACUAUACAUACAUCACCUCCCUCCUCUUCUUUUUACUAAUCUCCCGAUCAAUUUCCGCUCGUCUUCUACCAACCAAUCAAGCUUCAUCCUCACUCUCGACGACGAAAGCGGACGAGGACAUGGCCAGUCUGAUGGGUCUGGAGGAAUGCAAUGGAAAGGAUGAAGCUUGUGUACAGAGAAGGAUGAUUGCUGAGGCUCACUUGGAUUACAUCUACACCCAACACCAUAAACCCAAGGGUUCACCAUAAAAAAUUUACUUGUAUAAAACCAACUCAUGAUAACCAAUUAUUACUAUUAGAUUACAAGUACUUCAAACUGUCAACACCAAACAAAUAUAAUACUUACUUGCAGUAUCUACUAGUUAAGCUAGCUGUAGAUUCAGAUGAAAGCUAUUACACAGUGAGUGAUUUGUCCUCCCCGGCUCUGCUGCUGUGAAGUGGGGAAGGAGCUGAAUAGGUAAUAGAGACGCAAUAUCUACUGUUGUACGAUACAUGCAAUGAAACCCCAGAUAAAUAGUUGAGAAAUCCUUUUGUAUCAACCCGUAUUUAUUGAUGCAUACGUAUUUAAUUGUGAUAUAGA